UCUGGUUUGAAUAUGUGAUGGCACAUUUCUCCCAGCCACAAAACCCCUGGUUGAGUGUGCCUGGCCUGGCCAUACAUAUUUUGGGAGCUGAGGAGAGGAGGGAGCCUGGGACACCCUGGUAAGGGCCCAGCAGAUCUGCAUGGCUGUCUCAGCACAGGGGCACUGGCACCGUGGGUGGGGAGGGAGAAUGCUGUGAGAAGCACUGCCAGUCUUACACUCGUGCGCACACAGCCUGAGACUGAGCCUGUGAGCCUGCAUUCGGAGUGACAGGCCCCUCUGUGGACCUUGCAGACGUGAGAGAAUCCAGAGCAGGAAGGGCCACUGGCCAUGGCAAACUCCAGGGUGAAGGUGUGGGCUGUGUCUCUAAGCACAGUGCUACUGCUGUGUGUGCUCCAUUGCAAGGCCCAGGAUGACUACUCUGGCUACCCCUCAGGUGAUGAACAUACAUAUGAAGGCUCCUUAGUCAAUGGAUAUGAUGAACACUCUGGAUAUACACAGCCUGUGGACUACCCUCCAGAGCCCACACACACCUACGAGGACGAGCAGUCUGCAUCUGCAUAUGACCCCUAUGGCCAUGCUCCAACAGUGGUCACCAUGCUCACAGAGGAGGCCUACCCUUAUGCCACUACCACAGACACAUAUGGCUAUGCCAAAGAAGUGACCACCCUGACCACGGAGGUGCCAUUUGAAGGGGAUGCCUCAUUGGUGGAAGGACCCACUGAGUGUGACUGUGAGCCAGGAGAGCCUGGGUUUGCGGGCUUUGCUGGGCCGAAGGGGUCCAAAGGGCCUCAAGGAAAACAGGGAUUCCCAGGGGCUCAAGGAAGAGAGGGCUACAAAGGAACUAAAGGUGUUCGAGGCCGGGGGGGUGACACAGGCCCCCUGGGUGACCCUGGGCCUGAUGGAGAGGAUGGUGAAUCUGGUUUCUCUGGUGCAAUGGGGUUACCUGGGCUGCCUGGAGACCCAGGUGAGAGAGGAGAAUCUGGAUUAAAGGGUGAUGUAGGCAUGGACGGCCCCCGUGGGGGAGUUGGACUUGCAGGAGAGGUGGGCCCCGUUGGUCCAAUUGGCCCACCAGGAACUGCAGGGGCUAAAGGCAUUAAGGGAUCCACUGGGAAACCUGGGAAACAGGGACCCCAGGGACGACAAGGACCAAAGGGUCAGACUGGAGCACCUGGAUUUCCUGGAGACAUUGGAGAACAGGGUUACAUGGGCUAUCCUGGAAUACCAGGGGACAGGGGAGUACACGGACCAAAGGGUAGUAAAGGUGUUAGUGGCUUGCCAGGAAGUGAUGGAGAACCUGGAGAGGAUGGACCUCCAGGUGUUCCUGGAAUUAUUGGGGUUCCUGGGCCAAUGGGACCAAAGGGCUUGAAAGGAGACCGUGGACAGUGGGGACUUCCCGGCAGAGUAGGCACUAGGGGUCUACAAGGAGAACCUGGAGAUGCUGGAAUUCCAGGAAAGCCAGGUCCAAAAGGUCUACAAGGGCAGCCUGGUGCUAAAGGGGAGACUGGACCAGAUGGCAUUAAGGGAGAAAUAGGAAGAAGAGGUGUAAAAGGGCAUAAAGGAGAGAGGGGAAGUUUAGGCCCCCGUGGUAACAAAGGACAGCAAGGAGAGAAAGGCUACCAUGGACCUGCUGGCCAUCUUGGUCGGGUGGGACCUCCAGGUGUCCCGGGCCCCAGGGGUGACACUGGUCCUGUUGGUGACCUGGGCGAGAAAGGACACAGUGGACCAAAGGGAGAGCCAGGUGAACCUGGUCCUGGACUGACAGAUGACCAGGUUUUACAGCUAUGUCGAGGUGUGGUCACUGCACAGAUCUCCCAGUAUGCUGCCUCCAUUAGAGCUAAGUGUUCUCAGGGUUGUCCUAUCAACAACCGAAGACUAAUUGGACCGCCUGGAGCUCAAGGGCUCCCUGGAGAUCCAGGCAAAUCUGGCAAAGCUGGCAAACCUGGAGCUAAAGGAGCCAGAGGGCCUCGAGGUGUGACAGGUGUAGAGGGACAGAAAGGAGCAACGGGAGACAGAGGUACAAAAGGUCAAAAAGGGCAGCGGGGAAACCCUGGUCAAGGCCUUCCUGGCCAUGAUGGUCCCCAAGGCCCCAGAGGGCUGCCAGGCCAUCCUGCAGAGCCUAGGAAUGGACUUGAUGGACCUCCUGGCCCUCGUGGGUUCCCAGGUCCUCUGGGUCAGCCAGGUAUGGUUGGUGAUGCAGGUGUACCAGGAGUGUGUGAGGCACGGGACUGUAGCAUUCAUGCGCCGGUUGUACGUAAAGAGCAGGGUCUAGUAAAGGGCCCUCUCAGUACCAAGAUCUAAGCACAUAAAGGCUGCUGGGGCUUGAAGGAUGGCAGUUCCAGUGCAUAGCAGUGCUAUCCCUGUGGUCUGCUCACUGGUAACAAGGCAGAGCUCAAGUGCACUUUUUUGGAAGACAUCACAAGGAGGAUGAGAAAUGCCAGAGAACUUUUUCACUCUCAUUUUAACCAUCUCAUUCUGAUAUUUCCUGAGCCUUCUCCCAAGCUAAGACAAAUAAAUAUGACUGAAACUAACUAGGACCAAAAUGAAAAACAUUUGAGUGUAUGAAUAUAGAAAAUGACUUGCACCUCAGUUGGUGAGGAAUAACAUCUGAUUUUGUUCUCAGUAUCAUAAAUGAUGUGGAUUCAUUGCAAAUAAAGAGGAUAUGUAAAUAAUAUUGUAAUCUUAUGUACAUGUACUGUGUUCCUAAA